AUGGUGCGAUUUAAUGCGGGUUUCGUAAGGUGCUCGUCCCAGUUUUGUAGGGUACCUGUUAACGGCAAUAUAAGAUAUCUUACCGGACGUUCAUCCUGUGUGAAGGAAUUUCACGCGAGUAGCAGGCAAAAUGAGGCUUCGCAGCUGUCAACUCCGGAAAUCGACAAGUAUCGAGAAUAUUACAGAAACAUGCAAGCCGUUUUCAACCACGUCCCGGAAGACGUUGCGACGAAAUCGCCCUCGCUCGUGACGUUACACAAGAGAUUACAACUUCCAGAGACUUUUUCACUUUCAACGCUGGCAAGGUGUCUUACUUGCCGUUCUUCGCAUUUGCCCUUUCAUCUGCACGACCAACCAAGAGGCUCGGGGUUCCCCAAUAGCGUACCUACAAGUGCGCUCAGCGACAACCAUGGGUUGAACAUUUUCGGCAAAAAUCUGCUCACUUACCAUGUGACACACCAAGUACUGCUCAAGUAUCCUAGACUGCCUACUGUUGUGCUUAAUGCCGCUGUCGACGCAUACAUUUCAGAGCAAGUACUCGCUAACGUUGCCAAGAGUUGGGGUAUCGAAAUCGAAGAAACCACAGUACUCGAGCGUUACUUAAAGGGUGAACCUGUGCAACUUUCACUGGGGAGAUUGCGCUAUUUCAACAAUACUCUUAAAAAAGAAGACGGCAUUGAGGUGGUGCGUAGCCAGAAUUUUUCAGAUACCGCAGCCUACGCUUUAGCGGCCAGAAGCAUUAUCGGCGCUCUAUGGGCGCAUUCACACACGAGUAAUAAGCGCUUAGCAUUUGAGUUUAUCGACCAACACAUCUUAUCCAGAAAACUCGACGUUUCGAAACUUUUCCAAUUCGAGCAUCCUACGAGAGAGUUGUCUGCUUUAUGUCGUCGGGAAGGUCUCAUACCACCUGUUUCCAAACUGUUAGCCGAAUCAGGUAGGCUAUCGAAGGCGCCAGUCUUUAUCGUGGGUGUGUUUUCCGGCGAUGAAAAAAUCGGAGAAGGUUUUGGGUCCUCGUUGAAGGAGGCAAAGGCAAGAGCAGCCACCGAUGCAUUAAUGAAAUGGUACUGUUACCAGCCCGUCGAAGGACAAGCCAAUGUCGUAGAUCAUGGUGCUGUUAUAGUAUAG